UUAUAAAACCGAGGCUUACAUUUCUGAUAUAUGUGUAUUGUGAAAGCUGAUCAAGUCUAAGCGUAACAGUUUAUGUCGCUUAUCAACUUAUAAGACAAACUUAAUUGAAUUUGCUACAUUACAUGGAAUCUAUAGGCAGCCCACCGUCAGUGGGUAAAGUUUUGCAAAGGUUGUGGGUUGGAUUCCCAGAGAACACACAUAAUGCAUAAACCAAAUUUAACUUUAGCAAGUUGCUUCAGAUGAAAGCGUCUGCCAUAUGCAUAAAUGUAAGCGUCAUGUAUUACAUCACAUGACUCUUUAAUAAUCAGAAAUAUCUCUUAGCGUACACAUAUAACACCACAUAUAUUUGAGUCCUUUCCUUCAUUAAUGUUGUUAUUUCACACGUGUACAGAUGUGUUAACUACAGUGAGGAGAUCGAUGACAACUUUCAAACAUCCUCGUGUCAAGCUGUGAUUUACACCCCAUGUGUUAUAAUUACACCUGCUGGGGAUUGUCCAGUUAAUGCGGCGAAAUACAUUUAAAAAUAAUGCCGAACUUGUUUUGAGUGGUUUGUCUUCAGCUUAACUUCACGUGAGCAAUUGUGUUUUAAUAGUAUUACUUUCCAUAGACAAUACGUUUACAGUUACUAGUCUGGCAGAUGCUAUUUUACUAAAAAGAUGACUUAUUUGUGCCUGUACUAAAUUUGAGUAAUCAGUAAAAAUCAGUAAAAAUCAGAAAAAUCAGUAAAGAAAUUAAAUAAUAAUUGUUAAAAAAUAUAUAUAUUUACCCUGAUAAUAAAUAAAUAAUAAUAAUUUUAUUAGUUGUAGUAUUUGUAUUAUUGACAAUAAUAAUUAUAGCAAAAUCCACACUCUGUGCAAUCUCUGAAGGCCGCUGCACUGGAGAUUACAGAAGAGAGAGCAGAUUUCUGGCAGUAGAUCAGAUCCUUCGAGCAUGAUGACUCCGAGCAAACCACAUCUCCCAGAAAUCCGUAACCCCAGUUUUUUUCACCUGUCUUUCCACUCCGUCCCUUAGGUUCAAAACAUGAAGGUGCACGUAGAAGAGUGGUCCAAAACUGCAGUCUAUUUACUUUUCUCUUCUGUAGAGAUCCUCUCUGGAAAGUUUUUUCUUGAAAGGUCUCUGUUCCCCUCAGUGCCGGCGGUCUCUGGGCUCCAAUUAGGUGCCUUUAAUGGUUAGUAAGGGCACUUGGAGUUACUCUUAUAAAAGUUCUCCGAGAGAGAUGGAAAAGAAAAAAAUGGAAGGUGUGUCUCGUCUGGACUGGGUUUCUUUACCUAUCACUAAGCAAAAAAAUCUACAGAUUGCAGCUUUAAAUAAUGUAAAAGCCUAGUUAGUGUUGAGAUCUGUAGGUGGACCUCUCCUCGUGUAACCAAUAUUUGAGAGCAAUCCAAAAUCUGACGCCUAAAAAACGCUUAAAACAGGUACAGUACGGGGUGAAGUAUAAUUUAGAAAUCCACUCACGCUCUUCUCUACAGUGUUUUAAAACAAGUGCUUAAAAGGUGGGCUUUAUAAUCUCGCUCGACAGGAAAUUGGGCCUUUAAAAUGCAAAUAUGCUCUCACCUUCCUCCGAGCGGAACCGGGCGUGAGCUGUAUCAUAUUGUCUAUGGAAACUCGGCUCUGUGGAAGCGUUCAAUGAAAAUUUCAAGCAAUGAAUUGUUGCACGCUCCGAUUGUUUCCGAGAAGAUAGUUAUCCAGGAAACACCUGCUUCAAUUCAAUGCCAUUUGACUUUCACAGCUUUUUGCCUGCACAGAGCAAAACAAUCUCUCUCUAAGGAUUACAUUGUCGUGUCUUUGUUUUGCACGGUGGCAGGGAGUUUUAAAGAUCACGAUGCCGUGUUAGGAUAAACAAGCCCAUAAGAACAAAUGUUUGGGCUGAGAGCGACUCAUUGAGGUUUCAAUUUAGAUUGCUGUGUAAAUUUCAAUUGACGCAAAAACUGCGGUAUCCUCAUCCUUAUGCCAUCCCAUGUGUAUAAGACUUUCUUCAGUUGAAAAAUUAAUCUUUUCAAUAAAACUCUCUGGCACUUUAUGUCCAUAUAUAGGUUUCAACCGGCUGAAAUACUCUGAAAGAACACCAUCGUCUUCUGAAGCAAAACGACAGGAUUGUGAAUGGAAAUAAUGAAAAUUUGGUGCUGAUGUUGCAAAAUUGCAUCCGAAACAAACCCCAGAUAGCACUCGAUUCAAAUCUCGUGACAACGUCAAAUCUCAUUGGCUCCAGUGACAUUUGGACAAGAAAUAUCCUUUUUGUUUGUUUGUUUAUAUAAUAAGCUGUGAAACAAAAUAAACAAAUAAAUAUUUACAAUUGGAUACGUUUUAAACAGAAAUACAUAUAAUGUAAAAAGAAAUACAUACAAAUAAAGUACAAACAGUAAACCACAGCAAAUUCAGGGGUCACGUCACGCAGAGGUCACGCAGGGGUCGCACAGACCUAUCCUACACCUUGAAUGCUUUUUAUCGGUUUAAGUUUUCCUAAAUAAACAAUAUAUAGAUUUCGCAACCUGAAAAAGCUUUGAGUUUAAAUGAAGUAAGUAGUUAUUUAUACCCGAGGUGUCGUGAGGGUAAAUUGUGGCAGAAUUUCCUCUCCGAGCAAAUGAUUCCUUCAAAAAGCAUCAUCGACGUCAUUUAAAGAGCGCAAAAUAAUGGCCACAGUGGUCUCAUACUGCCAUCUAGUGGUAUGUAGUGAAAACGUCUACGCGAUUGAUGGACUGCAUCACAGAAUCUAAUGGAGCGAGAAUGAUUUACGACAUAUUACAAAAGUAAAUGCGAAAUACAUUAGCAAGAAUGUAAUCUCAAAUAGUUAGACACGAUUUACCUCACAUUUGUAAACCAAGUUCUCUAAGCGAUCAUUACAAUGGCGUGUAUAACAGGUGUCUUAAUUACAUCCACAGAUUUGAACACGUGCAGUAAAAGCUUAAGCGUCUCUCUCUGCGCGUGGACCUGGGAUGACCCGCAGCCCACGUGACACGAAUUUUUAAGGCAACAUCGUCUGUCUGUAAACUUUCUGUGCUAAAUUUAGCACCAGGUUGGACACGACAUGUAAAAUAAACGUGAGUGGACCUGCAUUGGUCAAUUAUCAAGAAGAAUGGGUUUCAAGGGGAGACUGUCAGGAAAACGUAAUUUCCACCCUAGUUUACUGCAAGGUCGUCCACUCAAUAUACACAAUAAUCUUGUACGUGCGCUUGAACGUGUAUUUAUUUAUAUAGUCCUUCUUUGGGCCAUGACAGGUGCCCCCCUCGGUUCCACCUGUCCUGCCAUUUCCGCGUCCACAUGGUGGCGGACAAAUCCAGAAAGGGAGCAGUCAUUCAAGAAAUGGCAUGCUUAAGUGCCACGGGGCCACGGAAGACCUCCGGACAUCGGAUCAGAAGCAGCUGCCCCCCGGCUGCUAUUUUCACUCAUCUUAAAGCGCCAUGGGCAGCCAGCAUCUGUACCAUGGGCUACCCGCGACGAGCAGCGUGUCUCCGCGUACCAUGAAGUCCACGCACGACACCCAGAGUCUGCCCUCCGACCCCGACGAGCUCGACAGUGCGAGCGACAGCUCCGAGAAAUCCACCGGGGCCGGGAGUCCCACACGGGGCCACGGGGAAGGCGCGAGGCGCCGUGGGCUACGCAGACUCGCGGGCGUGAGCAAACAGCGCCAGGCAGCCAACGCGCGGGAGCGAGACCGCACGCACAGCGUCAACACGGCCUUCACGGCUCUGCGCACCCUCAUCCCCACUGAGCCGGCGGAGAGGAAGUUGUCGAAAAUCGAGACCCUGCGAUUGGCGUCCAGCUACAUUUCGCACCUGGCCAACGUGCUGCUGCUCGGGGAGGACUGCAGGGACGGACAGCCGUGUCUUAAGUAUCACAACAUCUUACAGAGCAACACCAACCUCAAAAACCCUCCGGUGCGACCCAUCUGCACUUUCUGCCUUGGCAACCAAAGGAAGAUGUUGAGAGACGGGGACAAGCACACGACUGCGUGACCGCAUUGGCUCUCUGACUGACAACUGCUAUGCACGAGCCCCAACUCCUGAAUGUUUACAUGUAAAGAGACAUCAACCUUGCACAGAGACACAGUAUUCUGCUGUAUGUGUUUUUUCCCUUAACUUCUGGGGACAGACGAAAAAGUUUGAGCAGAGUGACGUAUCGAGGAAUACUGCACUUUUUCACCUGCGUUUACCGUAUGCGUGCGCGUGCCCCCUUAUCAAGCGUGUUUUGGUUAAUGUAACAUGAGAAUAUGUGUGAAGUUGCACCUGGUCGAAAGCUAUUUCAGUAUCAGAUAUAGUAAGCCACACCAUCUCUUGCCUUAAAAAAACACUCCUGUGUCUGCCUGCGCACGUCACAUGAUGGAAAUCAAAACCCUGCGCUUUGCAGCGGUCGCUGUCAGUACAACGGCGGGCAAAAGCUCAUCCCCUCCCUCAGUCCCAGGACAGAGCCGUCAUCCCAACUUGGACAUAGAGACAGUCAACAAGGUUCUAGCCUCUCGGUUUGAGCAUAAAAGAUUUAUUGGGAAAUGGCAUGUGACGCUGUAAUCUUUUAAAGGACGGCGGAUGACCUGAUUCAUGACCCUGUCCUAAAUGCCACCCAAAUCUGAGUUUAUACUAUGUUUAUAAAAUGUCAAAUUACUGUUGGGUGGCAUUGCGCAUAGGCACUGUACUUGUACCACGAGCUUUAAUGAUCUAGAAGGAACGCAAUGUGCCCUCUUUGUUAGCCUUUGGAUCCUAAAGCUCGCACUCCAAGAUGCUUUUAAAGGGAUAGUCCACACUAAAAGUUCUUUGUUUUGUUGAAUACAAAGAAAAAUAUUUGGAUGAAUUUUAGCAACAGAUUUCUGAGGCUACGUUGACUACCAUAGUAUAAAUUGUUACGUUAUAUAUAUAUAUACACUGUAUAUAUAUAUUUAUCUUAUUUGUUCUUUAGGAAAACAAAUUGUUCUGAGGCACCUUUGUUUACCAGAGACUCUCGGUUGCUAACAUUCUUCCAAAUUUCUCAAGUGUUCAUGACAGAAUUUUCCUUUUUGGGUGGAAUGUCCCUUUAAUGCAACUUUUUGCUCAAUACUUGCUUCGCUCAACAACUAUGACAAUAGUGAUACCAACUUUUAACUUAAAAGUUAAAAAAUGAAUUAGUGGUUUUGAAUGCACUUAAACUUGCUCUAUAUGUCAAGAGUAAAAAAUACGCAAAACUUUUCUGCACUGAAAUGGGAUUGGCAAAUUCUGAAAGUUUUACAACAUAGGUUACGGUUCAAUUUUAUUUUUGCUUCGUCUUAAAAGUAUGUAAGCUCGUAAAAUCAUAAUUGACCAUUUACUUCCCUGUUCCUUAUUUAGAAAUAUCAUUUGAGAAGCAAAAUGGUUUGUUUUAGCAGCUUUAUGUUUAUAGUCCACUGAACCUCUUGUUUGAUCUCAAUGGCAUUUUAUGCAACAUUGUUAAAUGUGUAUUUCAUGUUUAAAUCAGAAUUAUUUUAGUAAUUCAAGUAGCUAUAUUAAACAGAAAGGUUUAUGGCAUGUGUUGCACAAGUAUUUACGAGUGACAGGAUGUGAAUAUUUUUUCUUUAGUUGCAUUCAGUUGUCAAUGAAUCUCACGCAUUGCCUGAAAAUGAAAAAAAUACUGUUUACUAGAUUACAUUUAUUGCCAGUAUUGUAUAUAACUUACCCCAAUAUUUAAAAUUGCAUUUCACCACUAAUAAGGCCUACCUCUAAACAUUGUAAUACUUGAAAACUACCUUCUAAAAGUGUUCUUUGCACAUGCCAAACAUCCAAGAGCUGCUAUAUAAUAAAGUAUUUUUCUUAAGACUUUUGUUUUCCAAUAAUUACUUCAUCCUGAGACAUGCUUGACUCAACCACCUGGAAUGCUGAAAAUACGACAAAUGUUGCUUAAAAGAUACUAAAUGUGACUAGUACUGAAGAGUUUUUACACGAGUACAUCCAAAUAUCUCUGCUUUGUAAUGUACAGAAGUCAAAUUGUCUAAUGCAUACUUAACUCCACAUUUUACUCUGUAAUGCUUAUUAAAAAUAAAAAAAUACUUUAAUGCACUUUAAUGCAAGUACUACAGGUAAAAACAACAUAAAUGUAAAUGCAUUACAAAGUAGAAUAAUUUUUUUCCCAAAGUAAAAACUGAUAAAGUAGAAACAUGAAAAUGAACAUUAAAACAGCAUGCAAAAACAAAUCCAAGACCCAGACAGAGCGCUCAUACUUCUAGUUCUUUAUUUCUUAAAAAAAGUCAAUCAGUAAUUCAGAUUAGAGAAAUUGGUGACAAAUAAGAUGGAUACAUCAGAGAGGAGGUCAGGAGUCAUUUAAGGGUCUUUACAGGAUCGUCUUUUUUUUAGCACUGUACGGUUUCGUAGGCAGGGAACGGAACGCUGAUGUUAUGAGAGCAAGACUCGCACCUUUGGCAAUAACAUCACAAUGAGAAAUGUUUACGGUGUUUUCCCCUUUGCAGACACUGCUCAUGUCAGGACAUGAAGGCAUCAAUACCAUAUAGAAAAGGGCAUCUUAAAAGCAAACAAGGCAGCCUGAUCUAAUUCAAUGGAAUGUCAAGUCUUAAAGGAAUCAUAACAAUUUAAGAUGUUCCACUUAAAAGUUCCUUGAGCGAGUAAAUAAUUACAAAGGUUGACCACAACUUUUGUGCUAUCUUAAGUGUAAACCUUAUUAGAAAAACCUGUUAAAAUUAACCAUUUGUUAUAAAGCCCUUAAAUGACAUCUAAAUGUUAUGGUUCGAAAAACAG